AUGAUGUCCAUGAACAGCAAGCAGGCGUUCAGCAUGCACCCCAUCCUGCACGAACCCAAGUACCCCCACCUGCACACCAGCUCCGAAGCCAUCCGCAGAGCCUGCCUGCCCGCCCCCCAGAUCCAGGGUAACAUUUUUGCGGGCUUUGAUGAGACCUUGCUGCGGGGUGCCGAGGCUCUGGCCGCUGUGGAUAUAGUAUCGCAGAAAACCCACCCCUUCAAGCCGGAUGCCACCUACCACACCAUGAGCAGCGUGUCCUGCACUCCUACCUCGUCCUCCGUCCACCUGCACCACCCGUCCGUGCUGACCACGCACCAUCCCCACCACCACCACCACCAGCCCUCCCAGGGCCUGGACGGCGAGCUCCUGGACCACCUCAACUCUGCUCUCCCGCUUGGAGGGGUGCCGGGCCCAGAGGUGGGCUCCACACCUUCGCACCCUCACUCUCACAUGUCGGCCAUCAACCACAUGGCCCACCACUCCCAACCUAUGAACAUGUCUCCCCCCCACGGCCUCGCUUCCCACGCUGUCAUCUCCGGCCCCGAGACGGAGACGGACCCCGGCUCCGCGUUGGCCAACCUGAAGAUCCCGGGGGUGGGCUGCCUUAGCCAAAGCACAAUCUGCAGGUUUGAGUCCCUCACCUUGUCCCACAACAACAUGGUGGCCCUCAAACCCAUCCUAGAAGCGUGGCUGGAGGAGGCCGAGCGGGCGCAGAGGGAGAAAAUGACCAAACCUGAGAUCUACACGGGAGGUGACAAGAAACGCAAGCGCACCUCCAUCGCUGCCCCCGAAAAGCGGUCGCUGGAGGCCUAUUUCGCCGUGCAGCCGCGACCCUCCUCGGAGAAAAUAGCCGCCAUCGCCGAGAAGUUAGACUUGAAGAAGAACGUGGUGCGGGUCUGGUUUUGCAAUCAGAGACAGAAGCAGAAAAGGAUGAAAUUUUCUGCCACCUACUGA